AAAGCGGCAGGAAUGGCGCCUUGUGGGAAACACUAUAAGUCGGUACGGGAUUCUGCCAUUUUUGCGGUGAAGUGUUCCUUGGCAGUGGCACUCGUCGCUACAUACCUCGCGAACGUAGCACUGGGCGAAGGGUACAUGACAACAGCGGGCACCAUACGACACGACAAGAAAGCUGGCCGGCUGCCCGACAGACACAAGGUCUACGACUGCCUUAACAAGUGCGACAAGAAUCCACCCUGCGCGUGCGUCAGGAUAUCGAACACCAAGAAGUAUUCUUGUGAUCUACUGACACCUUUCCCACAUGGCAAGCCCCUCAUGCCUAAGGGAUACGUUUACUACGCUGCGAAUCGAUACAAGGACACGCUGUACAAUGAGACCGGCACGGGUGUCAACUAUGCGUACAAGAAGAAGACACAGCAAAGUUCUACGUACGAGCUGUACGGUAUCCAGUACACGUCGGACAAGGCGGUGGACGGGUCGCACAACACGGACGGCCUGAAGCCGCCCUACUUCGCCCACACACUCGACUCCUACUGGAACGAGCUGUUUCCGUGGUGGAUGGUGGACCUGUCCGAGGAUAUCACCGUCACCGGCAUACGCAUACGCAACCGCAAGGAGUGGGGAGACAGGCUGCACGACUUCGACGUGCGCGUGGGUCCGUUACCCAUCACAGCUGAAUACAACGACGUGCCGUUCAAAGGAAACACGCGCUGCCACUACCACGAGAAGGGCGGUAUCGAAGACGAAGCGCUGGUGUUCCUCGAGUGCAAGCCGUGCCCCGUCAGAGGCCGCUACGUCAGUAUACAGAUCACCCAGAACUGCACAGAUUGCCAAGAGCCGCUAAAGAACGUCCUGCAGCUCGCUGAGGUCGAGGUGUUCGGCCUGCCGUAAAUUUCCUACAAGACUUGCUCUCAGGGCCGUGGUUGUUUGACAUUACUUCAUCCAUUGCGCAUGCGCGUUUCUGUGCAUGUUUUGAUGUUGCUUGAGUUCGUUGAA